UACAUGCGAUAAUAAUUAAAUAUUUAUAGCUUGGAUCAGUGACGACAUUAUAUACAGCUUAUUAUAUUAAAAAUGAAUAAUUAAUACUAUUUAAAAGUUUGAAGAAAGAAAAUAUUUAGUUGCAUGACAAACAGUGUAGUUUUUAUCAUUUAAAAGCUAGAUAUUGUGAGAUAGUUGAUGAGUUGCGUGAAACGGAUGCACUAAAGAUAUAUUUGUAAUAAAUUAAAAGGCUAUAUUUGCCGUAUUAAAUAUUAAAUAUUCACUUAACAAACACGCUAAUCACAAUUAGCAUUAUUAUGUCACAUAAUAAACUCAGUUAUUGUAAAAAUGUGGAAACCAAAGAGUCUUAUAGACACACUGGUGCCUAUUUAUAUUCUUCAUGUGUUAUUUUGUCAUGGAGUUAUACAACAUCCAAAUAUUAAUAAAUCAAAAAUAAAUUACUCCUUCUUGUGGUCGAUAGUGUCGACAAUUUUGUAUUGCGCUUGUUUUAUCUCUGUAUUUUGGUUACGAAUUAAUCCAUCUUGGUACAGUGAGGGUCCUAAGGUGACUUACAUGAUUCUGAUAAUAGCAGUAUUCUUCACAAUGAAUGUUAAUAGUGUUGUCAGCUGGAUUUACAAAAAUGAAAUCCUGAUACUGAAUUCGAAACUAAUGAAAAGUGAUGAGCUUCUUAAGAAUUUAGGAGUGUCGAUAAAUAUUCAACGUGAAUUUGCACUUUCAAUGAAAUUUGCUGUUGGAUGGUUCAUUUAUUCAUUUUAUAUCAAUGCAGUUGCCAUUAUUUGGUAUGAUAAAUCUUUUGGACUAUUAAAUGUCUUCAUGACAGUCUUCACUUUUCAUCAUGGAUUCCACGUUAAUUGUAUCGUCGAUUUAACAUUUUUUUUGCUAAUAAUUCACAUGAAAGCACGAUUUGAAGGGAUAAAUAAAUUUCUAUCAGAUUUAUUUAACCUUCAAUCCAAAAAUUUGUUACAAAAUGUGGAAGCGUAUCACAAAUGGGCGAUUUCGAGGCAAACAAAUUUCGAAAAUGAUUUCACCUUAACUUUUCGCAACAUCAAGCGCAUUCAUUUAGAAUUAAAAAUUUUGUGUAACGAAAUUAUGAAAAUAUACGGAUUCUCAAUAUCUCUGAUGAUACUUACAAUGUUUUUUCUCGUAAUCGUGCAGAUUUUUAAUAUUUAUACAGCAAUCAUAAACACAGAAGUUAAACUAAGUGACAAAUCAUUGCAACUUUUCAGUAUGUCAAGUUGGGUUUUAAUCGCACUUCUAAAAUUUUUUAGUGUAAACUAUGCUUGUGCUGAAGCAAUCAAUGAGUGGAACAAAACGGGGGAAAUAAUUCACAUGUUGGAAAUAGACUCUGAAGAUUCGAAAUUCCAGAGAGAAAUUCAAAAGUUUUCGAUUCAAAUCCUCCAAAAUCCAUUGAAAUUUACACCAUGCGGGUUUUUGGAUCUCGAUUAUUAUUUUAUAAAAGAUUUUGCUGGAUCGGUGAUGGCGGAGCUUGUUUUAUUAAUUCAAACGACUUCAAGCGAUAAUUCUUCAUCGCAAAGAAAGGAUUAAAAAUUGAUAAGUAAUUAAUAACUUAAUAUUUAUUUAUUUGCUUGUAAAGAAACGUCCUCAGCAAUUUACAACAAUAUGUUACAUUUUUAUGUGUAGAAUGUUUAGUUAAUAUUUAUAUACAAUAAAUAGCAUCUGUAAAGAGAAGAUAUAUUUAAG